AGUUGCGCACUGUAGCUCUCUGUGCGGCCUGCUGGUCUGCAGACACCAACUACUGAUGUUUUUACAGCAGCUCUGUUUCACUGUUUGCUCUUGCUGUGUAUACUUGGUGUAAAAUCGACACUCAGGAUCAGUUUCACUUUCGUUUUCGGGCUCCGUUUAUUUAGGUUUCGUUUUCCAGCUCCGGUUAAGUUUCAUUUCGUGCUGCUGAUAAAGCCGAUCCUCCGGAGCUCCAGCGGUCAUUGCAGGAUGUUCUGCUGGGGGGAGGACAGCCAGCGGGGCUUCUGGCUCCAGCGGCGGCCGGAGGCUCCAGACGAGGCCGCCGUCCACCACCUGGAGGUCCGCUACAGACUGUCCGACCUGUCGGCGGCUUCCAGCGUCCUGGGCUUCGUUAAAUCCAACGGAAACGCGUUUAUCAUGAGAACAGCUGAGAGCAGAGACGGAAGGAGAGUCAGAGGAAAACAGAAGUUCGUGAAGAGCAAAGAGAAGAUGAAGGCGGUGAGCUGUGGAGAUGAAGCUGAUGUGAUGCUGCUGUCAGACAGAGGAGCUCUACUCUCUGUGGAUUCUACCCACACUCCCCCCACAGCCAGGCCUCUAGAAGCGUUUUCCAACAUCCAGGUUUCUCAGGUUUCCUGUGGGAUCAAACAUUCAGUCGUCCUGACCAGAGACGGUCGGGUGUUUACGUGGGGCCAGAACUCCAGAGGCCAGCUGGGUUUGGGGAAGAAAAGUUCUGGUUCUGGUUCUCCUCAACUCGUCCAAACGCUGUCGGAGAUCCCGCUGGUCCAGGUCUGUGCAGGCGGAGAACAGAGCUUCGUUCUGUCGGUGUCUGGAGGUUUGUUCUCCUGGGGGAGGAAUGACUGUGGACAGCUGGGCCUCGGAGACACCACAGACAGAUCAACACCAACCUCAGUUCAGUGUCUGAACAUGAAGAAAACUGUUCACGUUUCCUGUGGGAAAGACCACACGGCCAUUUUAACAAAGCAUGGCUCAGUGUUUACAUUUGGCUCCGGUCAGUUUGGACAACUUGGACACAACUCAACCAGAAAUGAAGUCCGUCCUCGGCUGGUGGCAGAACUCUGGGGGGCCAAAGUCACCAAGAUCGCAUGUGGAAGAAAUCACACGUUGGUGCUGACUGAUACCAGGAAGGUUUAUUCAUUUGGAUGUGAUGAUCAGGGUCAGCUGGGACGUGGAGACGAUCCGACGGUUCCACUUCCUGUUCAGCUGCCGAAUGAGCCCAACAACAUGGAAAUCAGAAACAUCUUUGCUGCAGAAAACUGUUCAUUUGCGACAUGUUUGUCUCAUCAGGACGUUCACGAGGAUUCGAACCCUGAGAGUUUAACUCAGCAUCGCCUCGACGACGUGAUCGAUAAAUGGAGCUCCGAGUCGGACCCAAAGUCGUGGAAGAAGAUCACACAGGAAAUCUGGAGGAUGUUUUCAUCUGCGUGCUGCUUGAACCAAAGCUUCCUGGAGCAGAGCAGAGACAAACAUUUCCAAACAUCACCAAAGUUCUGCGGCUUGAACCUCAAACGUGCACGACGAGCGUUUAAGAAACUGGUGAAGAAGGACGACGUUCGAGCUGAGGUUGAGGCUGCCGUCCUGAAGCUGCUUCCCUCCCUGCAGAAGAAAACGUUGAGCGUUGAGGGUUUGAGGAUUUACCUGCUUCUCAUCGAACUCCUGCAUGUGAUCCAGAAACACACUCGGCAAUGGAGUACGAAGCUGGCCGAGGCGGUCGCUGCUGCCGUCAUCAGCUUGUCGGUGGAAAGUCUCCAGGUCAUAGGGGACUGGUGGUCGUCGCUGUCAGCCUCCACUAUGGUUCGAUAUGUGACGGUGUGGAAGCAAGCCAUCGCCGUGAUCUUGACCUCUGAGUCUGAUCCCUACAAGUCUGGAGUCAGAAACCUGCUUCAGGUCCUCCAGUACAUGUACAAUGCCAACAGCAAGGUUGCGGAAUCGCAAAGGAUUCCAGACAGCGAUUUUUGCUUGGUGAUUUACAGAGACUUUCUUCACGGAGAUCUUCUGCUCUGGCGAUUGCAGUGCAGACGUGGGUGGGUCAAUCCUCAGCCUGUUAUUGUUGGUAACUUCCCAAUAGUGAUGGAUCUGCAGUCAAAGACAAUGGUUUUUGGCUUGAAUGCUUAUUACAACAAGGUAGGAGAAAUUCCUGAAUUAUUGGUGAACUUCUUUAUGAGUCUUGGAUGCCCUGACAUGGAUUAUGAAUACUUUGAACUGGAGCUGAGGCGAGCGUCGGUUCUGGAGGACACCUUUGAAGAGCUGGCUGCUGCUGAUCCCAAAGACUACAAGAGGCGACUUGCGGUCUUUUUUGAUGGAAACUUUGAACUCGACAACCUCUACAUAAAAGACUUCUUUUAUGAAGUUUUUCAUGAGAUGGUCUCAGCAGAAUCUGGGAUGUUCAUGUUCAAUGACUCUGAAACGCUGGCAUGGUUCCCCUCCACAGCAGCACAGGAGGACCAGCGGUUUUACAUGUUUGGGGUUCUGUGUGGACUCGCUCUGUACAACCAGCACAUCAUUUACCUGCCGUUCCCACUGGUUCUGUUCAAGAAGCUGCUCGGAGUGAAGCCUUCUCUGGAGGAUAUGAUAGAAUUCAGCCCAACUGUUGGAGAGAGUCUGCAGGCCAUCCUGGAAGAAUACACAGACGAUGACUUUGAAAUCCUGUACAUGGACUUCUUGAUCAACUGGGAUGGGAAAGAAGUUGACCUCGAUCCUAAGAAUCCUGAAAAGCCGUUGACGAGUCGAAACAAGAGGGAGUUUGUGGACGCCUACGUGAAUCAUGCCUUCAACACAUCGGUGGAGACUGUGUUUCAGGCGUUCAAGCGCGGCUUCUUCCAGGUGUGUGAACGGGAUCUGGUGAAGCUCUUCAGGCCAAAGGAGCUGCAGGAGGUGAUGGUGGGCAAACACUUCCAGGACUGGGAAAAGCUCAAGCAGAACACUCGUUAUGAGGGAGACUUUAAUUCUAACCACCACACCGUCCAGAUGUUCUGGGAGGUUUUUGAAGAACUAAGUGAGAAUCAGAAGAAAGCCUUCCUCUGGUUCGUGACAGGAUUUGAACAGGUGCCUGUUCUCAGCAAGGACAAAAUCGCCAUGAAGAUCAGAGUAAGACACGUCGAGGACCUCGACUACGACCGGUAUUAUCCUGAAACACAGACGUGUUUCUCAGAGCUGCAGAUCCCGUUGUACUCGACCAAGGAGAUCAUGCGAACCAAACUGAUGGAGGCCCUGAGCAACAACAGAAGAAUCCGUCAAUGAGCAGCUUUGAUCUUCAAGGUUUUUACGGGAUCUGAGCUAAAUAGAGGACCUAAGUUUACAGUAGAGCACUUUGUUACCAGCUGAGCCCAUUCUGUAGCGGCUGAUGUUUUAUUGAACAUAAAAGUUAUAGAAUUAAUGAUGAUGAAGUGAUUACUUUAUAAAAAACAUUCCUUUUACUGAAAUUAUGAAUUCAAGCUGUAUGUGUGUAGAGUUUGCAACGAAGUCUUAAGUUUUUCUUACAUCUGUUACGUCUCCUCAGGAAUAAAUCUGUAAAAUAUCUGAAUUCGAUAACGUGGAAUUGGGUGUUACACUUGUUUGCUUCCCUAAAACUUCUAUGUAAAUGUGUUGAUUAUUGUCAGAAUUCUGUUUUGAAGUGUUUUAUUUUGUAUAUUCUAAAGAAAUAAACAGUUUUGGGACUGAAAUCCCAUAUUUGCCUCAA